CGAAGUUUGGGAAAAGUCAAUAUUCAGGUGGCGGAAGGAAUGCGAUAAAAGAAAGAAAAGAGGUGGCUGAAGGCCCGUAUCCAAACGACCCUGAUUUAGUUUAACGUUUAAAAAAUUAUUUCUUCUAGAGUCUAGACGUCAGCUGUUUGGCUUUUGAAUGUUCUUCUACGUUUUUGAAUUUGGCAUUCGAAGCUUUUCUAUUUUUAUUUUCUCAAACUUUGCCUCUCCUUUCCUUUCAUUUCGGGUAGUUGUCUAAUCAUUUAUUGUGAAUAUUAAGCAACCAAGAUCCUUGGCGACUUCUUCUCCGACUGACUGCGAAUUCCAUUUACUCCCUUCAAUUUCCAUUUCAGACAUUUAUAUACAGCCUCAGGGGAUCCUAGAGAAGAUGCCAGAGACCUCUGAGGAGUCUGGAAAAGAAGCUGCAAACUCUGAGCAUCAUCCUGUGAAUUCGAGGGAAGAUAGUGAAUAUGUUAGGCUUGUUAUUUCCAAUGAAUCAAGAGUAGCUGAACCUGAAGAUACCCGCAUCUUACAAACUGAAGCAAAUACAAGAAUUAAAUAUCUAAUUUGGUGGAUUAAAGCUCUGGCACUAUGCCUUCUCUUGAUUAUACUUCUUCUCAUUUUAGUGAAAUGGGGAGUGCCGUUUCUUUUUGAGAAGGUUCUCUUGCCAAUCAUGCAAUGGGAAGCAACUGCCUUUGGCCGACCAGUCCUUGCCCUUGUGCUUGUUGCUUCUCUGGCCUUGUUCCCUGUGUUUUUAAUUCCUUCAGGACCUUCCAUGUGGUUGGCUGGGAUGAUUUUUGGAUAUGGUAUUGGAUUUGUCAUAAUUAUGGUUGGAACUACUAUUGGAAUGAUCUUGCCCUAUUUGAUAGGGCUACUGUUCCGUGAACGCAUCCAUCAAUGGUUAAAGAGAUGGCCCCAAAAAGCUGCUAUGAUCAGACUUGCUGGUGAAGGGAGUUGGUUCCAUCAAUUUCGAGUAGUUGCACUCUUUAGGGUUUCACCAUUUCCAUACACAAUUUUCAACUAUGCAAUAGUAGUAACCAGUAUGAGAUUUUGGCCAUAUUUAUGUGGUUCAGUUGCUGGAAUGGUACCAGAAGCUUUUAUCUACAUCUAUAGUGGUCGGUUAAUAAGGACAUUUGCUGAUGUGCAAUAUGGGAAUUAUCACUUAUCUACUUUGGAAAUCAUAUAUAAUGUCAUCUCCUUUAUUAUCGCCAUCGUUACAACGGUUGCUUUCACUGUUUAUGCAAAAAGAGCUUUGCAGGAGCUUGAAAAGGCGGAGACUACUGAAGAAGUUCCUGCCUACAACACAGGCAGUUAUGAGAUGGUAAAGCUAUCACUUGAAAGGAGCAAUCAUGUAGGUUUUUCAUCUUCUUUGUCAUAGUCUAGACAGUUAAGAAGGAAAUGUUAGUACAUGUUAAAAGAUUUGAUAUGGUAAGAGGGAUCCUCCUAUCCCCGAUUGUUUGUAUCAUUUUUUUUUUUUUAACGUCAGGUUUCCCUCUUGAUCUUUGUAAUUACAGAAAUAGAAUACAGAAAAGAAAAUGAUUUGACCAUCUUAUAUGAAAUGUUAGGCCUUUGAGCCUGUAGCUUCUAAUUUUGUGCUC